AUGUUUGGGAAAACUUUAGGUGGUCAAUCGACCUUGGGAAUUCAAAGUGCUUCUACACCAACAUCAACACCAGCACCAGCUAUGAAUAACCAAUUACCUCAAAAGACUAACAGUCUAUUUGGUAAUACAACUACAAAUUUUGGGACCUCAACGCCAAGUCCGUCUGGAAUAUUUGGUAACACGGCCAACCAAAAUAAACCACCAACUGGAGGACUAUUUGGAAACACGACACAACCUAAUAAGCAACCUUCUAAUAAUCUAUUUGGUAACACAAAUACUUCAAAUGCCCCUCAGACAAGUACUACAGGUGGCUUAUUUGGAUCUAAAGCUCAACCUCCAGCUACAACAAGUAACACAGGAUUGUUUGGUAAUUCCAAUAAUACAGGUGGAUUAGGUUCCGUUGGAGGUCUGUUUGGAAAUGCAAAUAAACCUGUUGGUGGAGGUAGUCUAUUUGGUAAUAAUACCACGGCACCUCAAAAUGGGUUACAGACUGGAUCGGUCUUUGGAAACUCAAACACAACUGUCAAACCUGCUGGGACCAGUUUAUUUGGAAAUUCUUCAACAACGAAUGUGUUACCUACAACAGCUGGCCAAUUCGGAAAUACAGCUACCAAUUCAAUGGGCGGUGGUUUGUUUGAAAACAAACCCGCUACUUCUAAUUUGGCAGGUAGUCAAAGUAUGUUCGGCAACAAACCACAAGUUGGUGGUGGUUUAUUCGGUAAUCCUGCCCAAGGAAAUAACAACUUAUCAUCUGGUCCAUCUAAUACUAUUAAAUUUGAUAUGUCAAACAUGCCCAAAUCUAUCACACCUUCGGUACAGAAACAAGAGGCUACAAAUAUACCAUCUCACAGCAACCGUACAUCCUUUUCUCUGCCAUCGAAAAGUCAUUCUGAACACCAGAUGUUACCAUCGAACAUAUUUGGCAAAUUAAAUACGAGAUUAAAAUAUAUUAAGGAAAAAUCAACUAAAGGCAUAUUUUCUUCAUCUUCAAAGGGUUGGUCACAUUUACCAUACAAUGAUCACAGACCAAUUGUCUACCAUACAGUAGCACUAGACAAGAAAAAAUGUCAACCUAUGCAUUUAUUAUCGAUUAAUUCUCUGGAAGACCAAGAUGUCAGAAACUUACGUGUUCUGAAAAUCGAUCCAAAUAGAAGCGCUGCUAAGAAACUGAAAUUACUACCGAAUAUCGCUGUACCUACCCAACAGGUAGUUCAGUCUGUUGAUAAUUUAAAACAUCCAAUUUCUUUAUAUCCUGAAGAGAACAAUCCGAUCGUUGUUAAAGAGCAAACGGAAGUCGUUGCUUCUGAAACAUCCUCUCUUAGAGACAGCAAACCAACUGAAGAAAAUAUAGACACGUCUGAGAAAGAUAUCAAUGACACGCCUAGUGAUUAUUGGUGUUCACCUUCCCCAGAUGAGUUAAAAAAAUUAUCAUCAGAACAAUUGGCUUCUGUUUCCAAUUUUAUUAUAGGUAGAAAAGGAUAUGGAACAAUUUCAUUCAAUUAUGAUGUUGACCUGACUUCAGUUGCCAGAGACGUGGAGGCCCAGUUGUUUGGUAAUAUUGUUAUUUUUAACUCCUCAAAAACUGUCGAGGUUUAUCCUGAUCAUAGUACCAAACCAGGUGUAGGAUAUGGCCUUAACAUUCCAGCUACCAUUUCCAUCGAGGGUGUAUAUCCAAUCGAUAAGAAAACUAAAAAGCCACAUGUAAAUCCCCAAAAAUCAUCCGAAAUCCAACUAAUAAUUAGAAGGUUAAAAAACAUGAAAGAGAUGGAAUUUAUUUCAUACAACCCAUUUGGAGGUAUCUGGACUUUUAGAGUUAACCAUUUUAGUAUUUGGGGGCUUGUCGAUUCAGAAGAUGUGGAAAUGGAUUCAGAAGAUCUCAAAGAAGAAGAAAGGUUGGAAAAUAAUAUACAAUACGAUAAAAUUAUACAAACUAGAACUCUUGCACAGUCCAAUACAUCUAAUGCAAGACAAACAUUUGGGAACGAUACUCAAGCUGAUCUAUUGGUAUUGCAGGAUAGGAGUUUUGACGAUCAAGAAUAUAAAAACACUAAUGAUAGUGAACUUGUUGAAGAAAAAGCUUUUGAACCUGAUGUAGAUGAAAAGGAUAUUGAAUUAAUGGAAGGCGAGCCAUCUCUCGAAAUUACCGGUGAUUGGAUGGAACAGUUGCGAAUUGCCAGUUCAUCUAACAAUUCUGUAUUUGUCAAACGCUUUUCCCAGUCCAAGAUAGAAGAGAACGCAAUGACACUACUAUUUUCAGAUUUUAAUCAAAAUUUUGAAACAAUGAAGAAAAUAGUCAAAGAAAGAAGAAUGAGCACUAAUUACACAUUUGCCAAAUUUGAUUCCCGAUCAAAAUUAUUAAUUAAAAAUAUUAAUCAAAUUUCUGGAACUCAACUUUCCCCCAUGAGAUCGUCUCUCAAUAACGAUGAUUUAAUCAUGAAAUCCUCCUUACUUGACCUCCAUUUAAAAUCUGUCGCCAUUGAACAAAGAAAAACAAACAAGUAUCCAAUAGUAAAAAGCCAUACCUUAAAUUUUACUGGAAUUUUACCACUAAUCCAUCUUUUGUCCCCAGAAUAUGAAGUAUGGAGACUAUGUUCCAUUUUACAUGACAGACUUAUCUUUCCUCAGGAAGUUAAAAAUGAAACUGUGAAAGCAACUUUAUGGAAGGAAUCUAGAUACAGAUCAUUGUGUGACUGGGUCUUAGAUCAAAUUAAAGAUGAGUUAAACUUAAAAAUCAAGAAUACAAGUGAUCCUUUAGAUAAGAUUUUCUAUUUACUUUUCUUAAACGACAAUAUUACUGCCGCUAAGGUGGCUAUGAGUUCAAACAACGCUUAUCUUUCAGUUGUUCUGUCAUUCUUAGGGUCCAAUGAUCCGCGUGUCGCAGAAUUUGCGUCACAUCAAUUGGAAGCAUGGGAAGUAUCGGGCCAUCAAGUUGAGCCAAAAGUUAGAAGAAUUUAUGAAAUUCUAGGAGAGACAUUCUUUAACUCUAGGACGGCUAUUCUGAAAUUACUGGAAGACUUCUCAUGGCUGGCAGUUUUUGGACUCGGUCUUUUUUAUGGAAGAAUCGAUGAAAAUUCGUUAGAGGAUCUUGUAUUUUCAUUGAUAACAAAGAUCCCUAAUUUGGAAGAAGACCUUCGUUAUGUUACUUUACAACUCUAUAGCUGCAACAGUGACGUCGAACAAUUGUUUAAAACAUUGAGAUAUCAAAACCAACAAUUGGGAACUCAAUUUUCAUGGUACUAUAUUCAAAUUUUGAAAUUUAAUAAUGCAAAAAACUUUUCCAACGAGUAUUGUGAUAUUUUAACCUUGGAUUUAAUAGAAGACUUAAGGAUAGAAGGAUUUACUGAGCAAGCUUUAUUCGUAUCUUGUUUUAUAAAAAAUGACAGAGUUGCAGUACAGCAGAUAUCCGAUCUAGUCUCUAGGAAUAUAUCAGAAUUUCUUCAAAACAAAAUGCUGCUUGAAAGGUUACAAAUUCCAGAAAGUGUUAUAUAUUCUGCUGCAGCGGUGUUUGAUAAGUACAAUGGAAACUAUUUAUCGGAAAUUCAAAACCUUUUAAGAGCCGGUUCCUUUAAAGAUGCUGAAAAGGAAAUGAUGUUAACUGUAGGUCCUAAAUUAGUACUAAAGUACAAUGUUAAAUGUAAUACUGAUGCGAUUGAAACACUGGGUACAUUCCUUGGAAAAUUUCCAAAGGAUAAGAUGGAUAACUGGAGAAAUACAUUACAAGUUUACGAAGAAUUUGUAGAUAUCAUAUUAAAAGACAACCAAGAUAAUGUUAAAGUUAAGAGCAUAGAGGACAGUUUGAAAUUACUGAUGAAAUUUCACAACCAUAAACUGGUACCUGCAUGUUGUAACAUAAUAAAAAAGAAAUUAAAAGCUAUGCAAUUUUAG